CUAAGUAAACUGUGUUCUUUGAGAGCCGUUGCAUACAGAUGGCUUGGCAGCCGGUCUGAGCUGACCUACAAACUCAUAAAAAGCAACAGAGCCCCAGGCCCUCUCACCCUGGCCAUCCAAACUCUGGGACCAAAGGUGCAAGGACUGUCAAGGACCCGGCUGCUUUCUUGGGGACCAAGAAGCUGAGCGUUCAUCUCUGCAUUCAAGCUGGCAAUCCAUGAGUUGAGCACACCAAAUGAAGCCAAGCCUGGUGAUGGGAAGGAUGCUGUUUUCCACAAGGACUUACCCAGCCUGCUGGCAGGUUUCACUGGUUACAUUGGGAAAUUAGCUCCGUGAAAAGGCAGGUGAGUCGACCUAGACACGCAUCAGUCAGCAGCCGAGCUGGGAUUCAAGGCCGACUCCAGACCACGUGUUUCACGGCCUGGGGCCCCUGCGCACACUCUCUAGAUCCGGGUGUUGACCGAAAGAAUGUUCAAACGAGUUCGGAAAUGGUUUAUCACUCGAAUUUGGGGGCAUUCUCGGCGAAGAGCGAGGCUGGUCUCCAAAGAUGGAAGGUGCAAUAUUGAGUUUGGCAACGUGGAGGCACAGUCAAGGUUGAUAUUCUUUGUGGACAUCUGGACAACCGUGCUGGACCUCAAAUGGAGAUACAAAAUGACCAUCUUCAUCACAGCCUUCUUGGGGAGCUGGUUCUUCUUUGGUCUUUUGUGGUAUGCCGUCGCUUACAUUCACAAAGAUCUCCCCGAGUUCCAUCCUCCCGCCAACCACACACCCUGUGUGGAACACAUUAAUGGCUUGACCUCAGCCUUUCUGUUUUCUCUGGAAACACAGGUGACCAUCGGCUAUGGAUUUAGGUGUGUGACGGAACAAUGCGGCACUGCCAUUUUUCUGCUUAUCUUCCAGUCUAUCCUUGGAGUCAUCAUCAAUUCUUUCAUGUGUGGUGCCAUUUUAGCCAAGAUCUCCAGACCUAAAAAACGUGCCAAGACCAUCACUUUCAGCAAGAACGCAGUGAUCAGUAAGCGGGGUGGGAAGCUUUGUCUCCUGAUCCGAGUGGCUAAUCUUCGGAAGAGCCUCCUAAUUGGCAGUCACAUAUAUGGAAAGCUUCUGAAGACCACCAUCACCCCUGAAGGAGAGACCAUUAUUUUGGACCAGAUCAAUAUCAACUUUGUGGUUGAUGCGGGGAAUGAAAACCUGUUCUUCAUCUCUCCAUUGACAAUUUACCACAUUAUUGAUCACACCAGCCCCUUCUUCCACAUGGCAGCAGAAACCCUUCCCCAACAGGACUUUGAAUUAGUGGUGUUUUUAGACGGCACGGUGGAAUCAACCAGUGCUACCUGCCAAGUCCGGACAUCCUAUGUCCCAGAAGAGGUGCUCUGGGGCUACCGUUUCGCUCCCAUUGUGUCCAAGACCAAGGAAGGCAAAUAUCGAGUGGAUUUCCAUAACUUUAGCAAGACGGUGGAAGUGGAGACACCUCACUGUGCCAUGUGCCUUUAUAAUGAGAAAGAUGCUCGAGCCAGAAUGAAGAGAGGCUAUGACAACCCCAACUUCAUUUUGUCAGAAAUCAACGAAACAGAUGAUACCAAAAUGUAACAGUGGCUUUUCAACAGGAGUAAAGCAAAAUCAUGAAGAUUCCUAGUGACUAGAAGCAUUAUGAAACAAUCAGCGAUUUGGGGGGCAGGAAAGUAGGACAAGAGCCCCUAAGGUCUCCUGGCAUGGUGCCCCUGGACCCCUUAACCCUGAUGCUACAAGACAUAGCUCUGCAAAGCAACUGCAUGAGAGCAUGUACUGGGUUGAUAGGAAACUGGAAAUGGAAGUCAUAGGAACUCACAGAACAUCUUGAAUAGGACUAUUUGAAGUCAGGCAGUGUUAAUGGGAACAAAUAAAACCGGCCAAAGGCUCUUGGAUGGGGCAAAUGAGGUCUUUUUAAGUGUCUCCCUGAAUAAGUUGUGAGCUUUAGAUGGGAUCUGGGAAAAGCCAUAUUCUUAUUUUGAUUCUACUGAUAAGAAAGAAGCCACUCUUAUUUUAGCAUUGGCUUUUAUUGGAGGAAACAUUGUGUCCUAAGUUGGAGGAGAUGAACCAAUCAAAGACAGAAAAGACUGCUACAUAAUGGACAUUUGUGAGGCUCUGACCUUCUCUAACCCUGGUUGUUGGAGCUUUCACCUUAGUCUGGGUCAUGCUGUGUUUCCAGGGGAGCAAGGAAAGGCUCAGUUCAGAGACUCCACAUUGCUGCCUAUGCAAAAUGGAGUGGAGUGCUGAGUCCAGCCUGUUCUAUGGCUUAUCCAGACCCUGCAGCUAAGCUGGGUUUUGGCCCAAGUGAGCUUGCACGGUGCAUUUAGACAGAAGCUAAACUACCACUCUAGAAUCUCAAUGAGCACCUUCCUGCAAGACAGAAUGUUUGAUUUGAAAAUGGGGGUAAGAGCUCUUCCAAUUUGUGGUAGAUGGGAGAAGGAGCUACAAAACUGUUAAAAGAGUUUUUUUCUGAUCUUCCAAAAAGGCAACAAGGAGUUUGCAGGUGUCAAGUCAGUUUAGAAGAGAACGUACUGCCAGUGCACCUGAGAAAGUGCAUCUGCUGUGUUCAGGCUGAGGGUUUGGAGAAGAGUGAAAGGGAAGGGGAUCCCCCAGUGAGGAAGCUGCUGGCUCUCCCUUCCUCCGAUCCCAACACCACAUCUUCCUCAGAGACCCAUAUAACUAAGGAUGGAUCUGCAGGGGAAGGUUUUACUGUGAAUCUCUUGUCCAGUUUCCCACCUAUUUUAUUACUAUUUUGAAUGUACUUGGAGAGGGCGGUACUCAAUGCUGCUUAGGAAUCAGGAUGUUCCAGCCUGUUGAUUAAUACAUUAAAGCUCUGAAACUGUGCACGUA